AUGGAAGCAAAAUUCUUCAGCGAAGACGAAUACUGGGAAACGGAAAAGAUCGAAGAAGCGCCCGCACCUUAUGUGGAGUCAAUCACGAAAAAUAUAAAUGAACUCAGGUGUUCAUUCAAUUGCGAAUAUCAAAUAAUUGUCAAACCCACAAUUGGCGAGAACCCUAGUUAUGACAAGGGCUACUGUUCUUUUGAUAACCUUAAUGUGUUCAAUGAAGCAUAUCGUGUUAUAGAAGGGCUCGAUUGUUGUAAGAAGAAAUGUCGGUCAGCAAAGGACAUUCAAACAGUGAUUGAUAAGUUAUAG